UUGGUGUUGAGGAGAAUAACUACCAUGACUUCCAGUGCUUUGACGAAACCUCAGAUGCGAGACCUUCUGGCCAAGCGUCUGCGAUUUCAUAUUGUUGGAGCGUUCGCUGUAUCCCUGGGUGUUGCAGCUUUCUAUAAGUUUGCUGUGGCCGAACCAAGAAAGAAGGCAUAUGCAGAUUUCUACAGAAAUUAUGAUUCCAUGAAAGAUUUUGAGGAGAUGAAGAAGGCUGGUAUCUUUCAGAGUGCAAAAUGAUUUGGUAAUGUAAAGAAUUUCUUUGGGUUGAGUUCCAUUGAAGUCUGUCACUGACCUGUGUUCUGAACUAUGAAACACGAAUACUGGCUUAUGGAAUAGUUUGUCUUGAUAAAUAAACAACUAACAAAUAAAAAAAAAAAAA